GAAGUAGUAACGCUGCAUUUUGUGUUUUACUACUUUCCGUUACAAUCGUUCCAAAGUCCAAAGGUUCAGUGAUGUAGCUAGCUGGCAACAACAACAACCCAGCAAGCAGAAAAAAACGAAAGCUGUGAUGUUUCAUCUACCAAGAAAAAAUAUUUUUAAAUUUACCCAGUCCAUUGGGCGUCAUGUACGUAAUAUAUCAACAAGCAGUAGAAGAAAUAAAAGAAUUACAACGCAUUACUCCAUUGUUUCACGGGAAACAGAUCCAAGAUGGGCUGGUGUUGAUAUGGAGCGCGUUGCUGAUGAAACAGAUGUUGUGAUUGUUGGUGGUGGACCAGCUGGAAUGUGUUCUGCUAUCAAAUUAAAACAGCUUGCACAAGAACAUGGUGUGGAUCUUAGAGUAUGUGUUGUUGAAAAGGCUUCAGAAAUUGGAGCGCACACUUUAUCAGGAGCUUGCAUUGAAAUAAGUGCUUUAGAAGAACUGUUACCUGAUUGGAAGGAUAGAAAUGCGCCACUUAAUACACCAGUAACAAAAGAUAAAAUGGGAUACCUCACAGAAAAUAAAUACAUCUCAUUACCUGUUUUUAAAGGUUUGCCCAUGUAUAACCAUGGAAAUUAUUUGGUUAGACUUGGUCACUUUGUGAAGUGGCUGGGAGAACAAGCCGAAGAACUUGAAGUUGAAGUUUAUCCAGGUAUUGCAGCCAGUGAGGUUUUAUAUCAUGAAGAUGGUAGUGUAAAAGGCAUUGCAACAGCAGAUGUUGGAAUAAGCAAAGAUGGCUCCCCAAAGGAUACGUUUGAACGUGGAAUGGAAUUGCAUGCCAAAGUCACCAUAUUUGCUGAAGGUUGCCAUGGACACUUGGCGAAGCAAUUGUUUCAACGUUUCAACUUACGAGAAAAUUCUUGUCAACAAACAUACGGCAUUGGUUUGAAAGAGUUGUGGGAGAUUGAUCCAAGCAAACACGAGCCAGGGCUUGUUGUUCAUACCGCAGGAUGGCCUUUGCCACGUGACACAUAUGGCGGUUCGUUCUUGUAUCACCUGGAUGAAGGCCCAUUAGUCUCCUGUGGCUUUGUGGUUGGUCUUGACUACAGCAAUCCCUAUCUUAGUCCUUUUCAAGAGUUUCAGAAAUGGAAAACGCAUCCGUCCAUUCGUACUUAUUUCGAAGGCGGUACUCGGAUCGCAUAUGGAGCACGUGCACUAAACGAAGGCGGUUUUCAGUCCUUACCCAAAUUAUCAUUCCCUGGUGGUUGCGUGAUUGGCUGCAGUGCUGGCUUUAUGAAUGUCGCCAAAAUUAAAGGAACGCACGGUGCUAUGAAGAGCGGAACACUAGCCGCUGAGGCGGUGUUCGAAGCCAUCACAGAUGAACAAAAUCUUGAAAAAACAACAGGCCUGGUACCAAGUAGUUAUGACUCAAAAUUCAAAGAAAGUUGGUUGCACAAGGAAUUAUAUAGUGCCCGAAACAUACGUCCGUCGUUCAACAAUCCGUUUAAAAUUUUUGGUACAAUGAUCUACACUGGACUCUUUUAUUGGCUUGGUGGCGGCCGUGAACCUUGGACACUAAAGCAUCACGGUAAUGAUGCCGAACAUUUAAAGCCUGCAGCCGAGUGCUCGUCCAUUGAGUAUCCAAAACCUGACGGAAAAUUAACUUUUGAUCUGUUAUCGUCUGUGUCUUUAAGUGGUACGAACCACGACCAUGAUCAACCGGCGCAUUUGACUUUGAAAAAUGACGAUAUACCAAAGGAAAGAAACUUAGCAGUAUUUGAUGGGCCAGAACAACGGUUUUGUCCGGCCGGUGUAUAUGAAUAUGUAGAUGAUGAAGAGGAAGGGGGGCGUCGUCUGCAAAUUAAUGCUCAAAAUUGUGUACAUUGUAAAACAUGCGAUAUAAAAGACCCAAGCCAGAAUAUUAAUUGGGUUGUACCAGAAAGUGGAGGCGGCCCUGCAUACAACGGCAUGUAAACAAUUAGUAGGAAGACAUUUUUGUGUAUAAACUUUUUUCAUGGUGUGUUAUUUUAAUAUAAAGUUUAUUUCUUAUUGCUAUAUUUUUUAGUUGAAGAAAAAUUAUAAUCAGAUAUGAUCCUAAUAUUGUACGUAGUUUGUUCUGGUGAAAUUCUAACCAAUGGGAAUGUGUAAUAAUAAUAUUAAAUGGUUAUCAGAUAAAAAAAAUUCCGGAUUACAUCGA